AUGUGUGGUAUUUUGGGUUUAUGUUUAGCUGAUAAAACAGCAAAUGCAGCUCCAGAGUUGUUUGAAGGCUCUUUAUUCUUGCAGCAUCGUGGUCAAGAUGCAGCUGGUAUCACUACUUCAGGUCCAAGAGGUCGAUUCUUUCAAUGUAAAGGUAACGGUAUGGCUAGAGACGUGUUUACUCCACAAAGAUUAUCAGGUUUAGUUGGUAAUUUUGGUAUCGCACAUUUAAGAUAUCCAACUGCGGGUUCUUCUGCUGGUUCUGAAGCCCAACCUUUUUAUGUCAAUUCUCCAUAUGGUAUUUCUUUAUCACAUAAUGGUAAUUUAGUUAACACUUUACAACUCAGAAAAUAUCUUGAUGAGUCUGUUCAUAGACAUAUAAAUACUGAUUCAGAUUCAGAACUAUUAUUGAAUGUUUUUGCAAGUGAAUUAGAUAAAUAUAACAAGGCUAGAGUUAAUAAUGAAGAUAUUUUCAAUGCUUUGAAAGGUGUCAUGGACAUGUGCCGUGGUGCUUAUGCCUGUUCUGGUCUUCUAGCUGGGUAUGGGUUAUUUGCAUUCAGAGAUCCAAAUGGUAUUAGACCUUUGUUAUUCGGUGAACGUGUUAACGUCAAUGGUAAAACAGACUAUAUGGUUGCUUCUGAAUCUGUUGUUUUAAAAGCUCAUAAUUUCAAGAAAUUCAGAGAUAUAUUACCUGGUGAAGCUGUUAUAGUACAAAAAAGUGGACAUGUCGAGUUUAGACAACUUGUCCCAAUUCAAAAUUAUACACCAGAUAUUUUUGAAUAUGUUUAUUUCGCAAGACCAGAUUCAGUUUUGGAUGGUAUAUCAGUUUAUCAUACAAGAUUAGCCAUGGGUGCUAAAUUAGCUGAAAAUAUUAAGGGUAUUUUUGAGGGUAAAGAUAUUUCAAAAGAAAUUGAUGUUGUUAUUCCCGUUCCAGAUACCUCAAGAAAUUCUGCAUUGGAAUGUGCAGUUACAUUAAACUUACCAUUUAGAGAAGGUUUUGUGAAAAACACUUAUGUUGGAAGAACAUUUAUUAUGCCAGACCAGAAGAAAAGAGUUUCAUCUGUUAGAAGAAAACUUAAUGCGAUGGAAUCUGAAUUCAAAGAUAGAAACGUUUUGUUAGUUGAUGAUUCUAUUGUUAGAGGUACCACGUCUAAAGAAAUCAUCCAAAUGGCCCGUGAAGCUGGUGCAAAGAAGGUUUAUUUUGCAUCUGCUGCUCUGAAUCUAAAUCAAUACCAUAGAUAUGAUUAUAUCUGA